GCAAAAAAAAUUAAAAAAAUUUAUAAACCAGCUUUGUCUUGUCAAUGCUGAAAAAUUUAAAUUAUUAUUUAGAUAAAAUGUUUUUAUUGCGUAAAUACGUUGUAUUUUUUAGCGUCGUAUCUUAUUUGGGGGUUUACUCUAAAUCGCAAAUAAAAAAUGGGGGAUAUGGAGCAGCGAAUAAAAUUUCUCCAACCAUAAGUAUAGAGGAACAAGAAUGUCAAAGUCUUAACUUAACAAUGGAACAAUGUUGCAACAUUGACGAGUUAAAAGAACUUUUAUGUAAAAAAAAAAUAAUUCAUGUUUGUGACUCUAAUGUUAUUAAGUCAGUGCCUAACGUAGUGCUUGCCUUUUUAGCAAUGGUUGGAAACAGUCUUGUUAUCUACUCUUCGAUAAAGGAUUGGACCGUCACUCCUAGAUUUAGAAAAUUAAUUUGCGGACUGGCAGUAUCAGAUUUUAUGUUUGGUUUGGCGUUAUUGUUCUACAGUAUACCUGGAUUGUGGACAUGUCGUUGGGUCUACUGGAAGCCUUUAUGUAAAGUAAUUCCACCAGUAAUUUUGUUUUGUGCGAACUUAGGAAUAGGAUUUGUUGUUCUUAUUGCAAUCGACAGGUUCACCGGAAUUAUUUUUCCAUUUAGUUUCUGGUUAUCGAAAAAUAUAAUCAUAAUGUUUUUUUUUCUAAACAUUUUUUUGGCUUUUGGAUCAGUUAUUCCGACAAUUCUAUCUCAAAAAAUAAGUAAGUUUGAGACGUGCAUAGAGGAAAUGCCUAAAUACUCUCGAGGUUAUAGCUGGUUUUUGUUUGUUGCUUAUUAUCUUAUUCCAGUAAUUUUUACCUCAACGGUUUACAUUAUCUUAAUUGUGUGGUUGCGCAAGGUCCAGCUUAACACCAACGUGCUAAACGACGAACAGCAAAAAAUUCGUCAGAAAGCAAAUCGAAGUAUUACAUCAGUUUUAAUAUGUAUUACUAUUUUUUUUGCAAUUUUUGUAAUGCCCAGUAAAAUUGUAUGGAUUAUAAAGGAAGAAAUUGGUUUCGCCCGGUUUAGUAAACAAGUAACAAAAAAUAUAAAAACAGUAGCGGAAGUUUUUUACAGUUUCCACGCUGUAGUCAAUCCUUUGAUUUACGCUUUUGCCGAUGAAAUGUUUCGUAAACGACUUAAAGUAUUGUUUUGUUCCAAGAUGAAUAACAGACGAGGAUUCAAAUCUUCAAUGUCAAUAUUAAGUACCCGAACUUUUUCUGCAAUUCAACUAAGCACUCGGUCGUGAUUUUUUGAGAAAAAAACGCGCACGUUAGCGCAGGGCUUUAGAGUUAUAUUUCAUUUAUUAUAUGCAUAAAAACGAGUGAAUUUAUUUGUAUAUAUAUAUAUAUAUAUUUGAUUUUUGAGUUUAUUGUGUAGGUGUAUUUUUUCAAAAAUUUAUUUUUAGUUUAAAGUUUUUGUUAUAAGUGUCUUAUU